AUGCGGCCCAUCUUGUUGUCGGGACACGAGCGCUCGCUCACCCAGGUCAAAUUCAACCGCGAGGGUGAUCUGCUCUUCUCGGUCGCAAAGGAUCCGACCAUCAACGCUUGGUUUUCCCACAAUGGCGAACGUCUUGGCACUUACGAAGGCCACAACGGUACCGUCUGGACCGUCGAUGUAGAUUGUAAGUUUGCCAUCGAACAAGCGGCUCGUGAUGAAGACCUCCAACUGACCCGAUCUUCCUCGCUCCACUUCUCGUCCCGCAUAACCUCCGACAACGUUCCAACGUUUACUUAUUCAACGUUUGGCGCGCAAAUUUGCACGCACCUUCCUACUCCCCUCGACCCUCACAACUUCGUCCGACACUGCAUUGCCCUCUUUUCAGCCACCUCGACACUUCUCGUAUCCGGAUCUGCCGACAACCAGAUGCGUCUUUGGGAGGUCGCAACGGGCAAGUGCCUCUUCACCUGGGAAUUCACCACCGCCGCUAAGCGUGUCGCCUUUUCGGAAGACUGCACACAGGUCCUCGUCGUCACCGAACAGCGUAUGGGCUUCCGUGGCUCCCUGCGUGUCUUCCGCAUCAACCGAGACCCUGCCACUUGGACACAACAGGACCCUGAACCCACGCGCACCAUCACCUUCUCUGGGCCCAAAGCCGUCGUCGCCGCCUUCGCCCCUUGCGAUCAAUACAUCGUCACUGGCCACGAAGAUGGAAAGGUAGCCACCUACUACCACGACGACAAGGAGCCCGAGAGCGGCAUCGACGCCGAGCUCGAGGAGAACUCCACCAAAGCACACACCGACGUCAUCUCGGAUCUGCAGAUGAGCGCCGAUCGAACAUACUUCGUCACGGCGUCCAGGGACAAGACGUCCAAGCUGAUCGACUCCAAGACGUUGCAAGUCAUCAAGACGUACGCUACCGAGACGCCUCUCAACAGCUCAUCGAUUCACCCCACCAAGCCGUUCGUGAUUGUCGGAGGUGGUCAGGACGCCAUGAACGUCACCACCACUUCGGCGAGACAGGGCCGAUUCGAGACUCGAUUCUGGCACAAGGUAUACGAAGAGGAGUGCGCUCGUCUCCCGGGUCACUUUGGUCCCAUCAACACCAUCGCCAUUCACCCCGCUGGAACGGCUUACGCGUCCGGAGGUGAAGAUGGAUACGUUCGUGUCAACUGGUUCGACCCUGGAUUCUUCAACUCGAAGCUCUACGGUGCCGACCUCGAGCUCGCCCUCGAGGACCAAUAG